AUGGGUGGAUGGCAACUGCUCUCUACCAUGAGACCCACACCAGGAGGUCGACUGGGUGGAUGGCAACAGCUCUCUACUAUGAGACAUGCUCAGGAGGCUAGGUCGAAUGGGAAUCAGAGGAUGGGUGCGCUCUCUACUGUGAGACCUGCCUGCUUGAGCAAGCAGGAGGUUAAGUCGAAUGGGAAUCAGAGGAUGGGUGCGCUCUCUUUUGUGAGCCCUGCCUUCUUAAGCAAGUAG